GUUGACUAUUGUCAUGUUUUCCAGAACCUACCAGCGCUGCCCGAACUUCACAACGAACACACUUCUCUUCUCGUGACCGUACAUGAAAAACCCACUAAUCUAUCCUCACAACCAUUUACCCCUUCUCUUCAUCAAAAUUACACGACUUGCCACUACCUUUCUUUUUCUUCUUCUUCUUUCCAUUUUCUACCAUCAUCCUCUCUUCCCGUCUUGUGUAAUGUUGUAAUACAAAAAUGGCUUCUCUUCAAUUCCGUUACGUUCUCUCUCCUCUUUCGCCCUCGCUUCCGCUUCCACCAACAUUUUCUCGAGCUUUCCCUUUCCCGCCCCGUUUUCCGGGAAAAUUGCGCGCUUUCUCUCUCGCGCGGAGGGGGCGAGUUCUUUCAAUCUGCUGCGGCUCCUCCAAAACCGGUUCGCAGCUUCAGCGAGUCGCCGUUCCCGAAGACGAUGAUCGGCCUCCAUUCGAUAUCAAUCUCGCGGUGAUUCUCGCGGGUUUCGCGUUCGAAGCGUACACUACUCCCCCUGAAAACAUGGGCAGGCGUGAAGUUGAUGCUGGUGGUUGCAAGACAGUUUACCUUUCUGAGGAAUUUGUUCAUGAAAUUUAUGAUGGUCAACUCUUCAUAAAGUUGAAAAAGGGGUUCGAUUUUCCUGCCAUGGAUCCAUGGGGAACAAGUGAUCCAUACGUGGUCAUACAAAUGGAUUCUCAGACUGCUAAAAGUAAUAUCAAAUGGGGGACAAAGGAGCCAACAUGGAAUGAGGAGUUUACUUUUAAUAUUAAGCAGCCUCCAAGCCAAACUUUACAGAUCGCAGCUUGGGAUGCAAACCUGGUAACUCCUCACAAACGCAUGGGGAAUGCAGCUGCUGAUCUGGAGUGGCUCUGUGAUGGAGAUGUUCAUGAAAUACUGGUCGAGUUGGAAGGAAUGGGUGGUGGCGGAAAGGUUCAGCUGGAGGUAAAAUAUAAAAGCUAUGAUGAAAUUGAUGAAGAGAAAAGGUGGUGGAAGAUACCUUUUGUUUUAGACUUUCUAAAGAUAAAGGGUUUUGAUUCUGCAUUCAGAAAGGUUAUUGGUUCUGAUACAGUACAGGCCGGCCAAUUUGUGGAAUAUGCAUUUGGGCAGUUAAAGUCUUUUAACAAUUCAUAUCUUCCGAAGGGCCAGCAGUCUGAUAUUAAUAAUGAUAAGUAUGACACUGAAGGUACACGGGAACUGAGUGAAUCUGUUUCUAUCUUCAAUAUGCCUUCUAAUGAAGCUGGUAGUCAAGAAGCCUCCAGAGAAGAUUGCGUUGAACAGAGGAACUCAAAUGAAUUUCACAAACAGGACAAUGAUACUGAAAAUGGACAUGCUUCUGAAUCAUCAUCAAAAGUUAGUGAGGAAGAGCUGUCAAAUCAAAUUUUUUGGAGGAAUUUUGCUAAUGUUAUUAAUUCUAGUAUUGCUCGAAAGCUAGGUCUAUCUGUUCCUGAGAAAUUUAAGUGGGAUGGAUUGGAGUUUUUAAACAAAAUUGGUUCACAAUCACAAAAUAUUGCAGAAAGCAUUUAUGUUCAAUCUGGUCUUGCAAUUCCUGGAGGCACAGAUGAUACAAAUGAUAAAACAAGCGGCCAACCUGCUAUUGCUGCAUUUCAGUCUUCAGUUCCAGAGGUCAAAGAAGCAACACAGAAUUUGAUGAGGCAGACUGAGUCAAUUUUAGGAGGUUUAAUGCUUUUGACUGCAACAGUUUCCAAAAUAAAAGACGAAGGGCUUUCUUCAGAAGAGAGGAUAAUCAAAGAAGAUUCUGCCAAUGCUGGAGGCAAUGAUAUACAAUAUUCUACUAAUCAGAAGUUUCCUAGCACACAGAAUGGAUUAGUGUUGGAUGAUAAAAAAACUGAGGAGAUGAAAGAACUUUUUUCUACUGCUGAAAGUGCCAUGGAGGCUUGGGCAAUGUUGGCCACUUCACUGGGCCAACCUAGUUUCAUUAAGUCUGAAUUUGAAAAAUUAUGUUUCUUAGAUAAUGCAUCCACAGACACACAGGUUGCAAUUUGGCGUGAUUCUGCGCGAAGAAGGUUAGUGGUUGCUUUUAGGGGAACAGAACAGACUCAAUGGAAGGACUUAAGAACUGAUCUAAUGCUUGUGCCAGCCGGGCUAAAUCCUGAAAGGAUAGGCGGAGAUUUCAAGCAAGAGAUUCAAGUUCACAGUGGUUUUCUAAGUGCGUAUGAUUCAGUAAGGACCAGGAUCAUUUCUCUAAUUCGACUUGCAAUUGGUUAUGUAGAUGAUCAUUCUGAGUCGCUCCACAAAUGGCAUGUUUAUGUGACUGGUCAUAGUUUGGGUGGUGCAUUGGCAACCUUGCUUGCUCUUGAACUUUCAUCUAAUCAAUUAGCAAAGCGGGGAGCAAUUUCUAUUACUAUGUACAACUUCGGUUCUCCCAGGGUUGGUAACAAAAGAUUUGCAGAAGUUUACAAUGAGAGAGUUAAAGAUAGCUGGCGAGUUGUGAAUCACAGAGAUAUUAUACCUACGGUUCCCCGAUUAAUGGGUUAUUGUCAUGUUGAGCGACCUGUAUUUCUUGCUGCAGGGGUUUUAAGACAUGCCCUAGAAAGCAAAGAUAUUUUGGGAGAUGGUUAUGAAGGUGAUGUUCUCGGAGAAUCAACACCGGAUGUCAUAGUCAGUGAAUUUUUGAAGGGUGAGAAGGAGCUGAUUGAGAAGUUGUUACAAACUGAAAUAAAUAUAUUCCGCUCAAUCAGAGAUGGAAGUGCUCUGAUGCAGCAUAUGGAGGAUUUCUAUUACAUCACGUUACUAGAGAAUGUAAGAUCAAAUUACCACCAAGCUGUCUCAAGGUCCGAACAAGAUCAAAACUAUAGACUAUAAUAUGAUCCAACAAAGGUUUGCUCUUACCAGGCUGGCCAGCAACAGUCUUACAUGGCCAACUAAAAGUAUACUUAAUACAAUUGUAUAUAAGCUGUUGAGGAGAGCAUAUAUAUUUGAGAUCACUUGCAGGCUUGCAGCCAAUUCUUUACUGCCAGGAAAAUGUCAGCAAUGCAGUAUGCCCAGUAUAGUUUGCAAAUGGAACUGAUAAGGCAUGAUGAGUUGCUAGAGACUGCAAGGAGAAAAACCUACUGACUACAGUUUUAGUAUUAUAGUUAUUUGGAUUGUGAUGAUAGAAAUUGAUGUUAUAGCAUGCGUGUCAAAUAUUCAAAGAUAGACCAAUCGUGCCUAAUUCUUGUCUUGAUCUCUAGCAUUUAUGGUCUUAUGAUAAUGUAAUUUAUGUUGUAAAUAUGCAUAUAUAAAGUGUUUUAUUGCUUUUUCUUGGGAGUUACAUGUUAUUGUUGGAUUGUCUUGUGUUGAUUAUAUAUUGGUGAAAGAUUCAGUUAAGACGA